GAAUGUUCUUUAGCACCCUAGAGUUACAAUUACAUUUACAUCUCGUUCAUCUCUCUGCGCCUAUUUGACACCAUCUGUGAAUCUUAUAAUUAAUUGCAAACUGGAGUGGGAAGAGGCUCCAAAAAGAGUGGGAAUCUUAGCUGAGUUUCUGAUUGGAACAACAGAUUUGCUACCAACUGCAGGUCAGAACGCUAUCUUCUUUUACUGUUCAAGAAAGAAGUGGCUCUGUCAUACACAGGGGGAAAAUGCUCUUUUGGGUGUUAGCCCUCCUGACCCUUUGUGGUUUUCUAUGGAAUUAUAAAGGACAGCUAAAGAUCACAGACAUCACUGAUAAGUACAUUUUCAUCACUGGGUGUGACACUGGCUUUGGAAACUUGGCAGCCAGAACUUUUGAUAAAAAAGGAUUUCGUGUAAUUGCUGCCUGUCUGACCGAAUCAGGAUCAACAGCUUUAAAGGAAGAAACCUCAGAGAGGCUUCAUACUGUGCUUCUGGAUGUAACUGACCCAGAAAGUGUCAAGAGGACAGCCCAGUGGGUGAAAAACCAAGCGGGGAAGAAAGGCCUCUGGGGUCUGAUCAACAAUGCUGGCGUUCUCGGCGUGCUGGCGCCCACCGACUGGCUGACAGUGGAGGACUACAGAGAACCUAUUGAAGUGAACCUGUUUGGACUCAUCAGUGUCACGUUAAACAUGCUUCCCUUGGUCAAAAAAGCUCGAGGGAGGGUUAUCAACGUCUCCAGCAUUGGGGGUCGGAUUGCAUUCAGUGGAGGGGGCUAUGCUCCAUCCAAAUAUGCAGUAGAAGCCUUCAAUGACAGCUUAAGGCGGGACAUGAAAGCUUUUGAUGUGCACGUCGCAUGCAUUGAACCAGGAUUGUUCAAAACAGAUUUGUCAGAUCCAGUAAAGACCACCGAAAGAAGACUCACCAUUUGGAAGCAUCUGUCUCCAGACAUCAAACAACAAUACGGAGAAGGCUACAUCGAAAAAAGUCUAGACAAGCUGAAAGGCACUACAUCCUUUGUGAACAUGGACCUUUCCCUGGUGGUGGAAUGCAUGGACCACGCUCUCACAAGUCUCUUCCCUAAAACCCAUUAUGCUGCGGGAAAAGAUGCCAAAACUUUCUGGAUUCCUCUGUCUCACAUGCCAGCAGUUUUGCAAGACUUUUUAUUGUUGAAACAGAAAGUAGAGCUGGCUGAUCCCAAGGCAGUGUGACUCAGCUGACCACGAAUGCCUGCCCCAGGCUAUGAGAUUGGCUGAUUCCAAGGACACAUCUCCUCUCCAUCUCAUUCUUUACCUAAUCCAACCUGGACUCAUUAAGAUGAUGCUUCUUUUGGUAAAAGAAGAGAUCCCACCGUCACUGAUGAUGUCCCAGGGUCCCUUCUCAAACUUUAUUUGAAAAGAUGGGCAGGUAUACACCUGCCCAGCAUUUAGGCUUUGCCUGCUUGGUACGAUGUAAGGAAAAUGGGAAGGGUUUCCCAUCCAAAAUGAUCUCCACCCGUUGCCUGCCCCAUGCUUCUGGUCCACAGCACUUAAAAGUAACUCCUGGGGCUUCCCUGGUGGCACAGUGGUUGAGAAUCUGCCUGCCAAUGCAGGGGA